CGCAGGAAAGUAUGGCGUGGAACAGAGGGGGAUCGAGCGGGUGUCCGACGAUGAGAAAGAGGACGCGAGCGUUUUUGGACUUGGCGCCGUGGUAAGGGGCCGAGACAUACGCCUGGAAAUAUGCUCUUCGUCCCGCCAGGUUGCUAACCCGUUCUUCACAGUGGCUCUCGUUCAACAUGUCAGUGACGGCCUUCACCAUGGGCGCCAUUGCCGUUCCCGUGUUCGGCCUCGGAUUUGUCGACAGCGCGCUCAUCAUCAUCCUGAUCAACUUCGUCGGAGCUCUGCCCGUCGCCCUGUUUUGCUGUUUUGGAGCCAAGCUUGGGCUUCGCCAGAUGGUUCUUUCGCGCCUUUUCUUUGGCUACUAUAUGUCCAAGCUGCUCGCCGUCAUCCAGAUGGUUAUUUGCAUUAGCUGGACGUCCAUCAGCGCCGUCAUGGGAGCUCAGCUCUUCCACGCUGUUAACCCCAGCAUGCCAGGAUGGGCCGGCAUUCUGCUCACCAUCCUACUGUCGUUCCUUCUUGGCCUGUUUGGCUACAAAGUGAUCCAUGCUUACGAACGCUGGGCCUGGCUUCCCUGCAUGGUCAUCUUGGUCAUAGUCAUGGGCGUCUUCGCGAGCUCGGGCCGUUUCAACAGCCUGCUUCCCCUAUCAACGGGGCCGCCCGAGGUGUCAUCUGUCCUGUCGUAUUGCUCGGGAAUUUGGGGGUACAUGGCGGGUUGGGCCAGCUUUGCCGCUGACUACAGUGUCUAUCAGCGCUCCAGCCGAUCGGUGGCCCCCAUUUUCCUGUGGUCGUUCGCCGGUCUUUACGCUCCCACCGUAUUUGGCGAGCUUCUCGGCGCCGCGAUCGCCACGGCUACCGUGCACGAGAAGGACUACCUCACCGCCUACUCGGACUCUGGCAUCGGCGGUCUCCUCGCUGCGGUCCUCAGGCCUGUCCUGGGGCGAUUCGGCGACUUUUGCAUCGUUGUCCUCGCGCUGUCCAUCGUUGCAGGUACCUGCGCCAGCAUCUACUCGAUUUCCUUCUCGCUGCAAGCACUCGGCCAAGCCACGCACAGGAUACCGAGAUUUUUGUGGACUGUGGUCGGGGUAGGCGUGUGUGCAGCCAUCGCGAUUCCUGCGUACGACAGCUUUGCCACCUGGCUCUCGAACAUCGCGGUCGUCCUUGGCUACUUCACAUCAAUAUACGUCGGUGUCCUGCUUCCGGAGCACUUCGUCUUCAGGCGCAGCUUCAGCGCCUACCAAGCCGAUUACUUUGACAAACCCAAAGCGCUUGCUCCUGGAUAUGCAGCUUCGCUGGCCUUUGCGAUUGGCAUCGUCGGGGUCGCCUUAGGCAUGGCGCAGGCCUGGUACACGGGACCCAUAAGCAGGCUGUGUGGUGAUGAUGGAGGUGACAUUGGGUUUCUGUUGGGACUUGGCUUCAGUCUCGUUUCCUAUGUCACAUUGAGGCCGUUUGAGAGGAGAUAUUUUGGGCGUUGAAGGUAUCUCAUCAACAUCUGCCCCUCUUUGUGGCCAGUAUUCUUCUGUCUGUCGAAUACUGCCAACGAUGAGGAUAAAGUGUAGUGGAAUAAGGCGUGUAGCUUCGGCGACAUGGUGGAGUAGUUUUGCUGAUACGUCAAAGAGGGGUCACAGGUAGCCAGCCAGUAGUACACACACGCACAUGCCUGGUCUUUGAGGCCCUUCCACUCUCCUUGACGAAUCUCCGA